AUGGAAAUCCAAUCCAAGCCCGUAUCCAUCCCACAAAGCUUCUCUUGUAAGAUUGAAGUCUUCAUUUUUUCAAUGUGCAACGUUCCUCUCCUCUCUGACCAAGUCAAAUCAGAACUUCAGAAAAAAACGGAUCCACUCCACCCAAACCCCCCAUCUUCCCCCAAUCAUUCAUUCAUUUCACUACUCACUCCUUGGAGAACUCUGAAGCAAAGGAACCCUAGCCCUCCAUCGUCGCCGCCGUUCCCAGUUCCUCAGCGCCGCCGCCGUCUCCAGUUCCUCAGCACCGCCGCUUCUUCUUGUUCCCCAUGUCCGGAACCCAGUAAGUCGGCAGGUCCUCUUCGGCUCUUCAUCUUAACUCACCAAACCAAAACCCUAGGCUCUCUCUGCAUUUUGCAAUGGUUCUGCCGCGGUGCUGCCGCCGUCCGUGCUGUCGGCGCCGUCCGUGGCCUGGCCCUCUCUUGUAGCUCAGCGUCCUGCUUUCCCGUCAUCCGUCCGACCUCCAUGACUUCUCUGUUUUGUUGGCUUGAAGCAACUUGCUGCCGUAUCGCCGCUCGCCGUCGUCUCCCCGGUAGCCAUCGUCUCCCUGGUCGCCGUCCGUGCCUCCAUCGAAGGAAAUUGUUUGAGGUUUAUAAGAAUUAAGAAGGAAGAUUAUCCCAACAGCUACUCUGUUGAUUGAUUCUAGUCCCCCACAAGCUUGAAGAGAGG